CUCCCACAGUGACCUCUCAACAAUUCGGUUCCCCGGCGGUCUCUGUCUGCGACCAACUGUUAUUAAUCCAAUGCACUCAAUUCCACCAUCAUUUGAGUAGACAUCCAUGUUUUGGGCCCCACUUGAACACAUCUGUAACCUCGGACUAGAUCUGAGGGCAGAUUUUAGACGUCCUCAUAUGGCAGAUGACAACCGUUGGAUGAAGCGAGUUCCAUAGGAGACAUAGUGGGUGUGAGCAACACUUGAACGGAAGGAGACGGAGGCCGAAAGGGGUAUGGUCCGAGCACCACCCACUGACGGUGUGGCUUUGUUGGCUGUUUGUCAAUUUGGCAGAGAAAACCCUCCUCCACCCACUACAAUCUACCAACCAUCUCUUAAAUUUUUUUUUAUAUUUUUUGCCCCUUUUGGAUUUUAUAUCUACCCACAUAUAAAGUUCUAUGCUUUUUUCAUCCCCAACAGCAAAGAUAUGUUCUUUUGGGGUCUCUGAUUUGCUUUCUUUUGAAGAACAGAAGGAAGAGUUGGGGGUUUUGUAUAUUUUGACUUUAGACGAUGAGAGGAGGUCUCUGGCAGCUUGGCCAAUCAAUCACACGCCGUCUCUCUCAGGCUGAUAAGAAGUCUGUAGCACACCGGUUCUUUGCCUCAGAGGCUGAUCUGAAGAAGACUGUUCUUUAUGAUUUCCAUAUUGCUAAUGGUGGGAAGAUGGUUCCAUUUGCUGGAUGGAACAUGCCUAUUCAGUAUAAGGACUCUAUCAUGGACUCUACUGUAAAUUGUAGGGAGAAUGGAGGCCUCUUUGAUGUCUCCCAUAUGUGUGGAUUGAGCCUCAAGGGGAAGGACUCUGUGCCAUUCCUUGAGAAGCUUGUCAUUGCUGAUGUUGCUGGGCUUGCCCCUGGAACCGGAACCCUAACUAUCUUUACAAAUGAGAAGGGAGGAGCAAUUGAUGAUUCAGUGAUUACCAAGGUGAAGGAUGAUCACAUAUACCUGGUUGUCAAUGCAGGAUGCAGGGAUAAAGAUCUGGCCCACAUUGAAGAGCAUAUGAAGGCAUUCAAGGCCAAAGGUGGGGAUGUCUCAUGGCAAAUCCAUGACGAGAGAUCUCUCCUGGCUCUCCAGGGUCCUCUUGCUGCCCCAGUUCUUCAACAUCUAACAAAAGAGGAUUUGAGCAAGAUCUACUUUGGAGAGUUCCGGAUAUUGGAUAUCAAUGGCGCGCAUUGCUUCCUCACUAGGACAGGGUACACAGGUGAGGAUGGUUUUGAAAUAUCAGUUCCUUCAGAGAAUGCAGUGGAUCUUGCCAAGGCAAUCUUAGAAAAAUCUAAAGGGAAGGUCAGGUUAACAGGACUUGGGGCUCGAGACAGUCUGAGACUUGAAGCUGGACUCUGCUUGUACGGUAAUGACAUGGAACAGCAUAUAACACCCAUUGAAGCUGGACUGACAUGGGCCAUUGGGAAGAGGAGGAGAGCAGAAGGCGGAUUCUUAGGCGCUAAGGUGAUUCUCAAACAACUAGCAGACGGUCCAUCAAUCAGGCGUGUUGGCUUCUUCUCUACUGGUCCACCUCCAAGAUCCCACAGCGAGAUUCAGGAUGAAAAAGGAAACAAUAUUGGGGAAAUAACCAGUGGAGGAUUCAGUCCCUGCCUAAAGAAGAACAUAGCAAUGGGGUAUGUGAAAUCUGGACUACACAAGGCCGGCACCAAAGCAAAGAUUGUGAUCAGAGGAAAGGCCUAUGAUGGGGUUGUCACAAAAAUGCCUUUUGUACCCACAAAAUAUUACAAGCCAUCCUAGUUCCUUUCUGACAUACCAUAACUGCAGGAUUUUUCUAAUUUGUUCCUGUUCUGAGUUCCCUUUUUAUUAAUAAACUUGGCAUCUCACCUGAAAUCCUUUUUCUCUCUGCAAGAAGCUUUAAAUUAACUGAAAAUGGAAUGCAGUGUUCUUAUUUGUUGCACCUUCUGUUUCUUUCUAAUCCUAGUUGUAAUCCCAAAGAAUAUGUAUCCAUAAAUUCGUUUGAUAUAAUCUAAUCAAAUGUUUUAACAGUU